AUGGGCCCCUCCCCACCCAGGGCAACCGGUAGCUGGACCUUCGCACCCAGUUGCGCAUCCGGGAAGAUUUUAUGCGUACUCGCCCGUCGUCGUGUUUUCCAAGAUGCGUAUGACUUGUUUGACUGGCUUGAACGAUAUAUGGAAGCAAGAACUGAGCUGUCUGAACACACCCGGGGGCACCUACGUAUCGAAUUGGAGCGGCGCAUUGCAGCCCUCCUAGAUGAGAUGCGGCGUACUUAUGAAGAAGCGAAGUUUGACCGCUCACUGAUCUGGGAAGGGGCAUGGCGACCAACAUAG